UGACUCGUCCGGAAGUGGCGUGGGAUCGCAAUUCAACCUUGCAGUCGUUGUCCGUCGCAUUCACAUACUCGUAGGGCGACGAGCCCGCUCUCUGUCUUUUCACACAAUACCCGCCGGGUGGUUUACUUGCAGGCCAGUUACCUGAAGACUCGCCAGAUAUUCUCUUUGAAUAGUUUGAACUAAUCACGUUUCGCUCGUUUUUGUUCAAUCUCUUCACAACGCACGUUGAACGUAACCAGGCCAGGGCCCUGCCGCUGCAUACACCAAAUAUCACCCGACAUUCACCUAUCGAACGCUCACACAACACCCCUUUAAUUGCUCAUAUCUAGACGGAGCCAUGACCAUCACGUUCGGCUCCUUCGAUGGAGUGUGCAGCACUGCUGCUCUCGUCAUCUGUCCAUUGAUGGGCACCUCUGGAGAAGGCGUAGAACCUACUUGCUACUCGCGCAACGUUCAAAUCGGCCAGACCCUCAUAUUUCAGCCUUCUACAUGUUUUGUCCACAUCGUUGCAAUAAUCAUGACUGCAAUUAUGAUCUACCAUAUUCGCUCAAAGUACACUGCAGUGGGACGAAAAGAGAUUGUGAUGUUCUUUUGGAUGUACAUGGUCAUCGAACUUCUCGCAAUGUUCCUAGACUCGGGAAUCAUACCGACUUCAAACGUCAGCUAUCCGUGGUUUGCUGCAGGCUAUACAGGUCUAGUAGCAGCUGCCUACUGCUGUCUGCUCAUCAACGGCUUCGUUGGAUUCCAAUUCGCUGAAGACGGGACGCCUCUCUCUCUUUGGCUUCUUCGGCUAUGCUGUUUCGCCGUCUUCGGAGCAUCAUUCUUCAUUGCUAUCGCCACCUUCAAAUCUUUUGUUUCAUUCUCCCCAACAAAACCUAUCGCGCUCUUCGUCAUUUACCUCAUCUGGCCCAUCCUGUGCGUCGCCACAUAUACUAUAUUACAGCUCGUCCUUGUAUUCCGGACUCUUGACGACCGCUGGCCCCUGGGCGACAUCAUCUUCGGAAUCUCGUUCUACGCGAUCGCUCAAGUUCUUCUGUUCGCUUUCAGCGUCACCAUCUGUGACGCUAUCAAGCAUUACUUGGAUGGCCUGUUCUUCUUCACUCUGUGUGUUUUGUUGAGUGUUAUGAUGGUCUACAAAUACUGGGACAGUAUCACGCGUGAAGACCUCGAGUUCUCCGUUGGAUCUAAAGCUGCGGUUUGGGAAGUCAAGGACCCGCUUCUCACGGCUUCAGCCACAACUCCUGGUACAGACUACGAGGAAGACGCAUCAAGCUACCAUGCUGGAGCUGCGAGCCUUGUCGGCGGUGUUAGUGGUACCCAGUAUUACGGCGGCAAGCAAGCAUAUGGUGCCCAGGGUGGUUACGGACAAGGAGGCUAUGGUGGCGCGCGAAGGGCUUAUCCACCAACAUCUGAAGGCUAUUGAGGACUUUGAAAAGGACUAUUACGCAAACGUAGAUAUGGACGACAGUGAAUUCACGGUACUUUCUACAGACACUAGCUUUAAUUCACUCUCAUGAUCAGGAUGCUUACGAGUGA